CCAUCUUACCAGCCUGCAGUCAAUCUAUCAUAUAAGGAGGACUGGGUUCACCCAAUAUGCCUCCGAGCCGUACACCUCCAUGUGGCAACUGCGGAUCAUGUGGCCUGUGACAUGGUUGUUCAUGGUGCUGACAUGGGCGUAUGGUUCUUGGUUCACCGUUGAGAGGAAUGUCAUGAAGAAACUCAGGAUGCAGUCAUGGGCUAUACCAAGAUACAGUUUCCAUUAUGGACUGAACCAGCAGAAGGAAGCAAUCAAUGACCUGAUUGAGAAGGCAAUAUAUGAAGCUAAUAAGAAAGGAGCUAAAGUUGUUAGCCUUGGACUCCUGAACCAGGUACGCCAUUUCUUUCAUUGUUCAAAGCAUAGAGGUUGA